UUUGAGGGAAGAGUGACAGGGCCACAAGAUUGGAACCCUUCCCUUCCCUUGGGAGUAGGCAUCCUAGCCGGAAGUUCGACCUAAAGGGAUUCAUCCCACGUGGACUUUUCCUGGACCCUUUAAUGGUCGGCGUUUUCCAAAGGCCACCAAUCCGUUACAGAUCCGUUAAUUAAAGACAGCGUCUCUUGCCAAUCAUUCUUCAGAAGCAGGAUCCCGCCGCCCAAUAGUGAUGCACUGGUGGGUGGGUCUAGCAGAUGCGUGGUGACAGAGCGCUCUGGCUCGUCCUAUUGGCUGGAUCAAACCCAAGCGAGACGCUGACUGGCUAGCGCUGCAGGAGGGUUACAAUUCAAACGCGGGCGGGCGUCCCCGCAGCCCCGCAGUUGCAGCCGUGGUCACAGUCUGAGUUUCCCGUCUCUCUCCCAGCGCCGUCCGGAUGGCUUCCCAGAACCGUGACCCAGCCGCUGCCAGUGUCGCCGCCGCCCGUAAAGGAGCUGAGCCCAGUGGGGGCGCCGCCCGGGGCCCCGUGGGCAAGAGGCUACAGCAGGAGCUGAUGACCCUCAUGAUGUCUGGUGACAAAGGGAUUUCUGCCUUCCCCGAGUCAGACAACCUUUUCAAGUGGGUGGGGACCAUCCAUGGAGCAGCUGGCACGGUAUACGAAGACCUGAGGUAUAAGCUGUCCCUGGAGUUCCCCAGUGGCUACCCUUACAACGCACCCACAGUGAAGUUCCUCACGCCCUGCUACCACCCCAACGUGGACACGCAGGGUAACAUCUGCCUGGACAUUCUGAAGGACAAGUGGUCCGCCUUGUACGACGUCAGGACCAUCCUGCUCUCCAUCCAGAGCCUGCUCGGAGAACCCAACAUCGAUAGCCCUUUGAACACACAUGCAGCCGAGCUCUGGAAAAACCCCACAGCCUUUAAGAAGUACCUGCAAGAAACCUACUCAAAGCAGGUCUCCAGCCAAGAGCCCUGACCCAGGCUGUCCAGCUCUCUCCUUGUGUCGUCGUCUCAUUUUUUCCCUUAGAUGGACUGUCCUUUCCUUGAUUUCUGUAUAAGACUCUGUAUCUUACCUGUGGUGUCAUUUUUGUUUUGUUUCUGUUUUUUAAAUUAAGUGUCUGGUUAAGCCCUUGUGAUGAAUAUAUUAAAUAAAUACAUUUUGGGGUUUUUUUAA